AUGGCAACGGACGCAGGUUCUGGACUCCCAGACCCACAGGCGGGAAUCUCGCAGGAGGCGCACCACGGAGCGGCAAACUCCCAGGCUCCGAUGGAGAACUGGGAGGACCCGUCCGAGAGCGAGAAGUGCUGGAGGAGCCUGGAAAACCUCGAGUUCGCGAUUGAACAAUGCCAGCUCAUCCCCAGACUUAACAUAUCAGAUGAUUUGAAAGUUGGCUUUUUCAGCACAGACCGUGCUACUCAAACGGAUUCCAGUGAAAUUUUGCCAUUAAAUGAGCUAUGCUCAUCUACACAAAAACUAGUGAAGAUUAUUAGAUCCCUUCAGGUAGAUUUUGGGUUCCUGAAACAAUUGCUUCAGUUGAAGUUUGAGGACCGUAUUAAAGAGGAGUCUUUCAAUCUCUUUGCUGUUCUACAUGACAGGAUCCUAACAGUCGAAAGACAUUAUCAACAGAAUGAAGAAUUAAUAAGAAAAUGUUGCCAUCAGCAGUUGGCAGAUGCCAUAGCUGUAGUCCGAGGAAUGUACAAGCUAUGGUACACUCAUGGAGAAAGUCAGUUGUCCGUGGACCUGAAGAGUCCUGUUAAGGAUACAGGUACGCGUAUUUUUUCAGCUUUGGAGCAAGUGUCUAAAUCCAUUUAA